GUGCUCUACAGAUGACUGCCUGCGAUUCGUCCUCUCUCAUGCACUCUGCAACAGGAGGUCCGCAGCCUUCCAGCCUGAAGUCGCAAAGAGAACAACUGCAAACGUGCUUCUCUCAAGUCACUUUCCAGGCUCUGACGGGCAUUUGUUAAUAAGCUCCAAUCUUGGGGCCAGUUGGCACAAUGCUGAGCUUCUGAUGGCUUCAGGAACUUUGCUUAACAUCUCAAGAUCAUAAAACAUGUCAUGGAUGUUGAUAAGAGAAACAGAGUAAACCCCAGUAAUAUCCUUGCGGCUUUCUAUUAUUCCAACAGUGAAGCUAUUUGAAAAGCCAAUCAUGAAAAGGACACAAAUGAACAGGGAGCAAAGAACAUGUAACUACCCUUUGCGCUCCCUCUUUUUGAUGAGAGAAAUGUAAAUAAAUAUAUUUUUGAUGAUGAUGGUUCUACAAAUCCAGACGUUUUUCCUUGCCUAGUAGCAGAAAGCACACUGAGGCUCGAUGGCUGUUUCUUUAAAAAACAACGGAUUUUAGGAAAGAGAUCUUUGGCACAACUUAAUACAAUAUCAUCAAAUGUCCAGAAGGAAUGGUGGAGAACAUCAAAGAGAGUGUCCUGAAGGGUGUCUUUAAAAUUGCACUAGCAUUGUUUAUUAAGAAAACAAACAAACAAACAAAAAACAUAUAUAUCUAAUUGGAGCAGCUGACAAGAAAGAAAUGUGGAUUUUCAAAUAUGUUUCCAAGUCUACGAUUUCCUUCCUGGUUCUGCAUUUCUAAAGCAAGAUUCACGUUUCAAGGGAGUUUUGAUCAGCAAUGUAGAAAUAAAGUUUCUUGCAACACUACCAAAUAUUUGCUCUUGCCUCUUUCAAAGAAAGGGCAGAGUGAAUCACAAACACAUCGGACGAACAUUAACCAGUUUCAAUAAUGGGCUUGAACUCGGAGAACAUCUCUGACUGCUUAAACUGCACCCAGACUGUGGGGCAAGUAGAUAUCCCAAAGGCAAUUUUAUUGGGAGUUAUCUUGGGUGGGCUGAUAGUUUUUGGGGUCCUGGGCAACAUUCUGGUGAUCCUAUCAGUCGCCUGCCACAAACACCUGCAAAGUGUAACCCAUUACUACAUUAUCAACUUGGCUGUGGCUGACCUUCUCUUGACUUCAACUGUUCUCCCCUUCUCUGCUACUUUUGAGAUUUUGGGUUACUGGGUUUUUGGGAGGAUCUUCUGCAACAUCUGGGCAGCCGUUGAUGUUCUAUGUUGCACUGCUUCCAUCAUGAGUCUUUGUGUCAUCUCUAUAGACCGAUACAUUGGGGUGAGCUACCCACUCAGAUAUCCAGCCAUAGUGACAGAAAAGAGAGGUCUCCUCACUCUGCUAUGUGUCUGGGCGCUUUCUCUUGUGAUAUCCAUUGGACCCCUCUUUGGCUGGAAACAACCGGCUCCAGAAGAUGACACAAUUUGUCAGAUCAACACUGAUCCUGGUUACGUAUUGUUCUCUGCCUUUGGCUCCUUCUACCUCCCUUUGAUCAUCAUACUUGUGAUGUAUUGCCGGGUGUAUGUGGUCGCCAGAAGGGAAAGCAAGGGUCUGUCUCGAGGGCUGAAGACCGAGAAAUCCCAUUCGGAAGAAGUGAUUCUCCGUAUCCACCGCAAAAACACCCCAGAAACCACCGGCUCUACGCCCAGCACCAAGAAUAAAUCCAAUUUCUCUGUGAGGCUGCUGAAGUUCUCCAGGGAAAAGAAAGCAGCAAAGAGCUUGGGAAUCGUGGUGGGAUGCUUCAUACUCUGCUGGCUUCCUUUCUUUCUAAUCAUGCCCAUUGGUUCUUUAUUUCCUGAUUUCAAGCCUUCAGACACCAUUUUUAAAAUUGCAUUCUGGCUUGGCUAUCUAAACAGCUGCAUCAACCCUAUCAUCUACCCUUGUUCAAGUCAAGAGUUUAAAAAGGCAUUCCAAAAUGUUCUAAAAGCCCAGUGUCUCACACGGAAGUACUCAGCCAAUAAAUACUCCCUUAACUUCAACCUCAAUCACCCAAGCAACCAUGUCGCAGAAGCUCCGAAAGAUGUCGUCCGCAUUCCUGUCGGCUCUGGUGAGAAGUUCUACAAGAUUUCCAAAUCGGAUGGCGUCUGUGAAUGGAAACUUUUUUCAGCCAUGCAAAGCAUGUCUACUAAGAACACAGACUCAAAAGACAGGUCUAGCUGUGCCACAGCCAAAGUGAAGAGCAAAGGUUUCCUGAGAGUAUGCUGCUGUGCGAGCACUUCAGGAAACAAUGCCUCAAAAGACAGGAAAGUGCCCACUAUUAAAAUACAUACUGUUUCUGUCAAUGAUAAUGGGGAAGACGUCUAAUGGCAUCCAUCUUUGCUAAAGGCAUCCAUCUUUGCUGCAGGAUUGGCACAGGUUUACAUGCUAAACUUCAGUUUUGGCAACUCAAGAAGGAGGGGACAUGUUUUCUAGUGGUGUACAGUGAAAGGAAGAAUGCUGAAGCAGUACAAAUGUUGGUCGAACCUGUGCAGAUGGAAUUUAUUGGGAAAAUCUCAUCCACAGUGAUUUAAAUCCCCCUGGAAACUGUGGGAUUUGGAAAUGGUCCUAUGUGGGGCUGGACUCCGUCCAAUUAUUCUGAUACUAUUUCCUUACUAUUUUGAAGCUUCUGUGAUUUGUUUUAUUUUAUUUCCAAUUGUUUAGCACUUUCGUUCUUAAGGUUUGAUGGAGUACAAACAGUAUUGUAAUAUAUCCUACCAUAGAGAACCAUUGAUCUAUGUUCUUGGUUUCAUCACAGGUACUUUCUUUUUUAAUGGCUCUCAACAGAGUAACUCUGUAUUUGUGAAUUUGACAAGACAGCAGUGUAAGUUAAAGGGGGGAUUUGACAAAAUCUGAAGUGAAGGCCUUUUAAC